GGGGUGUGAGCUAGAGGGUGGGUGGUAUCUGCGUGUUCGCGUCACAGGUUAGUGCUAGCUGUCAAUUGCAAAACAAAACGUCUACAACUUUAGAUUUUAAGCAAAACUUGGAACGCAUGGUGGCAGGGAAAUUGGCCUCGAAUCCGCAAUUAUCUAGCUACUGUAAUAGUUAUGCAUGAAUGCCGCUGCUUUCGUCGUAUAGCCUUUUUCACGAGGACUUACACUAGAGAGCUAGCUAGUGGGCUACUGCUAGCUAGCUGACUUGCUAAGUUAGCUACCUAAGAAAGUGAGAGAAGACGAGGACCUAUGCGGCUGAUAUCAGGUGAGUGAUGGAGACGAGAGAGUUGACCGUGGUGGCUGGCAGCUUCGUGGGGUUUCAGCUGCUCUUCUCUGUGGCCAGCCCGCUGUUCUCCUCAACCUUUACCCCUAGCUACGACCGCCUGCCCCCCACCAAGCUCACUGAGUGGAACUCCAGAUUGGUGUCCACUGUCCAUGCUCUGAUCGUGGGCCUCUUCUGUCUCUACAUCCUGUGGUUUGAUGAUGCUGUCAACGCAGACCCCGUCUGGGGGGAGCCUGGACUAGUGAAACUGAAUGUGGCCAUAACGUGUGGUUAUUUGCUCUAUGACCUUGUGCUUCUGGCCACUAACUGGAGCACAAUGGGGGACAGCUUUUUUGUCUGCCACCACUUGGCGGCGCUCUAUGCUUAUGGAUAUGUCUUGUCUCGUGGCGUGCUUCCCUAUUUCGCCAACUUCCGUCUCAUUUCAGAGUUAUCCACACCUUUUGUGAACCAAAGGUGGUUCUACGAGGUGCUGAAGUACCCUCGCUCGGACCGCUUGGUUGUGGCCAACGGCAUGGCCAUGGCAGUGGUCUUCUUCAUGGUGCGCAUCUUCGUCAUGCCUCCCUACUGGGCCCGGGUGUUUGCCACCUUCGGUACGGAGGCCUUCGAGCGCUUGGGCAUCGGUGCUCAGGUGGCCUGGAUCACAUCCUGCAUCGCCCUGGACAUCCUCAACACCAUCUGGAUGUACAAGAUCGCCCGCGGCUGCUACAAGGUCAUGAUGGGCGCCAGCGGCAGGAAGCCCAAAGAGGUCUCCCCGCUCAAGCAGAAUCAUGUGAAUAACCACACAGACUAAGAGAUACUGGCUGGAGGGGGGGACAUAGACAGACUCUGUGGAAGGGAGACAGGAAGGACUUCAAGGGCUCUUAUAGCCCCUGCUAGCUCCAGCCUUGCUAUUAUCUCCAUACCUGGAAAUCAUGCAGCCGAAUGGGGUCAGGUCCUCAUCCGAUUCAGCCUCACAGAAUGAGACUGGUCCCACACUAGCUUCUGUACCUCAGUGUUUCAUCGACGGUAUGGUGGUACCCUGGCUGGGUUUGGUUGGAGAUGAGAGUAGCUGUUAAGUACACUCAUUCUUGUUCACCUUCAACUUCAACCCAAGCUCAGUCAUCUGAAGUGCCUGUGAUGGACAGGUAGAAAGCAAUAAAAGAAGAAACCGUACUCUGGCUCUGUCAGAAACUCCCUCGGCCAUCAUCCUUUACGAUUUUCAGUUCCCUGACCCGUCCAACCAGAGGAGAGCCUCCUACUUUGUCCUCAGAAUAAGGACCUCUUAGUGUGCUAGUUUGACAGACCGGGACACCACAAUGCCUCUUACUGCAUUUGCUGUGGCCUCCUUUUUAUGAACACCACCUACAUUACCACCAAACCGGUCCCCCGCUCACAGCAACAGUUCAGAUUGAAUCACCACUGGAUUUCCCAUCCACAGCCAGGAUGCACAUCCAGGGGAAAUUGAGACAGGGAUGUGGGGAUUGGAUCCUACCGCCAACUCUCCGGAAUCAUUGUUUUUCAUGCUUUUGCCUCAUCUCAUCCAGGGUCUGGCUGUGCUCUGUUUGGGUCUCCUGGGUCUCAGUUAUCCCAUUUGUUCCUCCUGUUUCUCAACCUCAAAACCAGGAAUUGACAUCAACGCGUCUUAACUUCACUACACUAUCAUAACCCUCUGUCACAGUGGAGUGGUUAAAUCCAUCCAGUUUGAUGCUUCUGUUCUACCUCUCCCCUGCCUUAUAAAGACUUGUCAUUCCCUCCAUAUGAGAAUAAUCACAAUGAGUUGUUUUCUCCUUCUGUAAAGAUGUUUUAGCCUUUGAAAAGAUCUCAUCCAUUAUCUCUAGUUCAGUGGACUGGAAAGGACGUUUUCUCUCAGUUUCUCUGGAGAUUUUCCCAGCCACUGUAGUGUAACACUACUGUUAGACACUAGAACAAAUGUUGUGUUUAUCUAAGGUACCUCUGGAGAUUUUAACUUCCAUUUUUCUCUAUUUUCUGUGUUAUUGUGAGAACUGAAUUUGGAACAAGAGCGGUUCCCUUUUGGGGGGAAGCAUUCUCCUGUCUUAGGUGUUGUUCCACCUACAGUGUCAGCCAUAGGAAUGCUGGAAAUGUGAUGUUCAAAAUCCUUUCUUUUGAUAUUCAUGUAAGAUCAAUUAUGAAUGACCUAUCUGACAAGAACAGCCAUACAUACGCUGGCAAUGUUGUACUAUAUGUGUAGCCGUGUAAAGUCCUACUGUAUUACUCAGUUGGAAAUCUUCCUUUCAAAUUGAUUUGAUUGAUUCAAAUCACUGAGAGCUUGUUAAAAAAACGUAUUAUGAUGAUUUAUACUCUAGUUUGGAUCACUAAACAGGAUAAAUAUGAAUUGCAUUAAUCUAUGGGUUCCUCUGCAGUGCAUUUGAUGUUUUUCACCCAGCUGUAUUGAGUGCAUGUUAAGUGUUUUGUUCUCUGUCCUCCUCCUGUCCCUAAAGCGUUGACGUGGUUUGGGACGGGGGGGUCUGAAAUGUUAGACUUUUCACUGUGGAAUGAAAGCACACUCCCCAUGAUGGAGAAAUGACCUGUUGAGCCCCUCCAUGUACCACCGAGGAGGGUUGUAUUGUCGUGCCUUUACGCAAACAGGAAAUCUAAUGCAGUCCGGUAGAGAUUAGCAUGAUAUUUUAAUGUAAAACUGCUGUUUGUUUUCCUUUUUUCUCUCUAUUGUAAUCUCUUCUCUCUAUGGAUACUGUUAUGUAUAUAUUUUUGUACACUGCACAAUAAUGAAUCCAGACAAGUAUUCUCCGAAGUUGACCCCUCUGUAGGGCCUGCUUGGUUUUCUUCUGAAUACGGGAGCGGGCCUCGAUAUGAAUGUUGUGGUGGUUCUAGUGAUAUUAGGAGGAGUGGGAAGGGGCUUAAAGAGGCUGCCGGUUAUGACCAGAAUGAAGGUGAGAUUGGAAAUGUAAUUAUUGUCAUGUAGUUAUUCAGCUACAUCAGCUCAGUUGAGAAGCUAGUGACAUUCAGCUCACUCUUCUCACCCAGUCCUCCAAUACUUCAAGCUGUGAAUAGAGCAACAUGUUUGUGUCAUUCAUCAGUCAAGAAAACAAUAUUUUCAACUGAGUACAUGUGUAGCCUGAUGAUGAGAUUUCUGGUUCACCAGUAGGCUGUGGUGUGCAUUUUAAGUCUGCUUCGGAUGGCUGUGAGAGAGGUUGUACUUCUGCACAAUGUCCAAUGUUUGUACAAACUAUUAAUUGGAUGUGUAGCGUUUGUCACUGACUUCAGUGUGUCUGUGGUGUGUUGAAUUGCAAUGUAGACCUCUGGGUGAUUUUAAAAAUACUUAAAGUUUUGGUUUUUGGAAAUGA